GGGCCGCCGGGGGUCGAGGGGGUGGGGCCUGGGCCGGCGGUGGGGACCGGGCCCGGGGCCUGGACUCCCACCUGGGGCUGGCCGCGACUCCCAGCCGACACGGGACUGGCGGGAUCUAGGUUGACACAGAGACCAGUCUCCUGGGCCAUGCCAGUUCUUAGGCAUGUUUCUUCUGAUGAGCCCCAGCAGAAGACAGAUGGGCCAGUCUUCACAGUGGAUGACUUCCCCUCCCUGAGCAAGAGAUGGGAUAGUACCUGGGAUCUGUCUGUCCAUCACCAGACUCUGGGUGGUAUGCCAGCUGAAUGAGGAAAUGUAACAGACCCCCUGGAAGGGGCCCUGAAGCCUGCAGUGGUGGAGGGGGGGGAGGGGACUGGACACACCCCUUCCCCCCCAGACUCCUCCCCUUCAAGGUCUGCUCAGCCAUGGACUUUGGACCAGGAUAAGAGGAGAGAAACUGCUCUUUGUUUUGUGGAGCGGAUUUGGAAGUCUCAGCUUUGGAAAUGGAGUGGUGAUGGGGGUUUGAUGAUCUCCAGGGAACAGCUGAGAGAAGAAAAGAGAGAGCUACCAGAAAAGGCUGUGAUGGAUUCCUUCGCUCCUUGGGUCUAGUUCACACCCUGGGGGCAGUCCUCCUGUCACCUCUUGCUGCUCUUUUACUCCUAACAGCUCACAUUCCCCGCCCCCAAAGGAAUAAAAAAUUUAAAUAAAUAGAAGGAAAAGAAACAGCGGCUGGCCCUCUUCUCGUUUUGGCAGCAGGUGUUUCCUCCCUGGCUUCCUUUUUGGCACCCCGGCUACCUUUUUCACUCCCUGAGCCGUGCUGCCCGUCUGUUGCCCUCAUCUCCGCAGCCUCCCGCCCAGGAACAAGCGGCCGGGAGUUGGCGUGGGGGGCCCUGGCCCUCGGAGCCUUGGACUGGGGUUCGGUGAACGCCCCAUCCGGGCUGGCUCGUCCGCCUUAGAAAAGCCACCGCUGGGGCGGGCAGGGGGAGACACCGGGAGAGAGGUACAUGGCUGCUUCCUGAGCCUGGAUCCCAGAGCAAGCAUCCCUAGGACGGUGGGGUGCCGGGUGAGCUGAGGGCGGCCUAGAGCCCUACCCUUGCCCUCGCCUCCCCUGUGGGGGCCAGGAUGCUGAAGAAGCAGUCUGCAGGGCUUGUGCUGUGGGGCGCUGUCCUCUUUGUGGCCUGGAACGCCCUGCUCCUCCUCUUCUUUUGGACACGCCCAGCACCUGGCAGGCCACCCUCGGACGGUGCUUUCGAUGAUGACCCUUCCAGCCUCACCCAUGAGGUGAUCCGCCUGGCCCAGGACGCCGAGGUCGAGUUGGAGCGCCAGCGGGAGCUGUUGCAGCAGAUCAGGGAGCACCAUGCUGUGUGGAGCCAGUGGUGGAAGUCGCCCACCGCGGCCCCUCCUGCCCCUCCGCGUGUGCCUGUGACUCCACCGCCAGCUGUGAUCCCCAUCCUGGUCAUCGCCUGUGACCGCAGCACUGUCCGGCGCUGCCUGGACAAGCUGCUGCAUUAUCGGCCCUCGGCUGAGCACUUCCCCAUCAUCGUCAGCCAGGACUGCGGGCACGAGGAGACAGCUCAGGUCAUCGCCUCCUACGGCAGCGCCAUCACACACAUCCGGCAGCCCGACUUGAGCAACAUUGCUGUGCCACCCGACCACCGCAAGUUCCAGGGCUAUUACAAGAUUGCACGGCACUACCGCUGGGCCCUGGGCCAGAUCUUUCACAGGUUCAAGUUCCCAGCGGCUGUGGUGGUCGAGGAUGAUCUGGAGGUGGCGCCGGACUUCUUCGAGUACUUCCAGGCCACCUACCCGCUGCUGAGGGCCGACCCCUCACUCUGGUGCGUGUCUGCCUGGAAUGACAACGGCAAGGAACAGAUGGUGGACUCGAGCAAGCCCGAGCUUCUCUACCGCACAGACUUCUUCCCUGGCCUGGGCUGGCUGCUGUUGGCCGAGCUCUGGGCUGAGCUGGAGCCCAAGUGGCCCAAGGCGUUCUGGGACGACUGGAUGCGUCGGCCCGAGCAGCGGCAGGGCCGGGCCUGUGUGCGGCCUGAAAUCUCCAGAACGAUGACCUUUGGCCGCAAGGGUGUGAGCCACGGGCAGUUCUUCGACCAGCACCUCAAGUUCAUCAAGCUGAACCAGCAGUUCGUGCACUUCACCCAGCUGGACCUGUCAUACCUGCGGCGGGAGGCCUACGACCAGGAUUUCCUUGCCCGUGUCUACGGUGCUCCCCAGCUGCAGGUGGAGAAAGUGCCAGGUGUUGGAUGGUGCUUGACUGCAAGGCCAAGCAGCAGGUGGUCCCCUGCCGUGGAGGGAGGCUGGAGCAGACGUCCAGGAGAGACUGCAGAAGGAAGUCACAUUCAGUGGACCAAGGCAUUGGCAGGUUGCAGUUCAUAUGUGCGUGACGGCUGCCUCUUAGGAACCACGAUGCUCCUGUGGAUGACAAAGCAAACGGAAACACCCAGUGUAAAAGCUCCUCACCACUAAAUACCUAGAGAUCUGCUAACCUUGAAUUCAGAGAUUUAAAAGACAAUUUCCAAAGACAUCACCCAGUCCACGGCCCUUCCCAGGCGAGGUGGGUCCUACCUGGAGGCUGUCACCCACUGGUGUGGCCCGUCCUCACUGCAGGUGCCCCAGUGAAGCCGGGUUACCUCCACUGGAGCGUCUGUCAGGAUGGUGCAUGUUAGACUCAGAAGCCCCCGCAGAAGCACUGCGGGGAACCCAGCAUUGACGGGGCCCAGCAGCAGCUCUGGGGCUGCCUGCACCUCUCAGCCUUGGCUCUUCUCCUGCUGCCGGGUCCCCCUUUCCUCCCCACCUACCAGUCCUGCCCCUGGCUCUUGGUUCCUCGUCACUUAUGGCUCCAGGGGCUUUGGGACAGGUAUUUGUUUUCCCUCCGGGAAUGGCUUGGCCUUUGCACUACUUUAUUUUCUGGGUCACUGGUGGGAGCUCAUUCAUGGAGUAACUGACCCCACGAAGGAGAUCCCCUCAGCUGAGAUGGGUGGAGCCUGGCCAUGCCCCCCUGAGUCUUCAGCUGACUUCCCCUUGAGGGCCGGGCCAUGGGCCUGAGGGCAGGCCGAGGAGGCAGGGAGCGGAAGGCAUUUAGGUGUACAUUUGAUGCCUCUUAAAAUGAAAAUUUUAUUACAAAAGGAGUAAAUGUUCAUUUUCAAAAAUCAGAAAACAUAAAAACUUUCAUAUUUCCACACUCCCUCUCAUUGUUGCUUACACCUUGACUGUACGCCCUACUAGGCUUCUUUCUUAUAUAAACAAUAA